AUGCAAAAGCAGAACGCAUUUUUCAUUGCAUUUCUCACAUGCUUUUUCCAGAUUGGUCCCAUCUUCACAAUGCCUGUAGCCGGGGCGUUAUGUACGUCAUCACUUGGAUGGUCAUCUGUUUAUUAUUUACAUGCCAUUAUUACCUGCAUUUUGUUUCUGUUAUUCCUAUACUUCUACAGGGAGCAACCCCAAAUGCAUGCAUAUGUGUCUGCCAAAGAACUGGAUCGUAUAAAACGGAACAAAGGAGACACAAAUAAACGUGAACCGCUACCCAUAAAGGCUAUGGUAACUUCAAAUGCGAUCAUUGCCGUAUGGAUCUCGGCUAUCGCAAAUUUUAUGGGUAUCCAGGUGACAAUGCAAUUCUCACCUAUUUAUCUCAACAAGGUUAUGGGGUUCCCAGUGGAACAGACUGGUCUAUUCAGUGCCAUACCGCAGAUCGUGACUUUUGUCCUGAAGAUGUUUGCUGGCGUUCUGGCUGAUAAGGCCACAUGUUGCCGACCGGUCACAUCUGUGAAGAUCUUCAAUAUGAUAGCAAUUGGUGGCAUGGGAAUUGCAUUCUUCAUACUGGCCGUUAUACCGACGUCAAUGCCAACACUUGCGUUGGUGAUACUUAUUAUUUGCACUUCCAUAGUUGGAUUCAAUUGUGGUGCAUUCUUUCGCAGUUCCGCUAUAGUUGCUGCGCAACAUAAUCACUUCGUGAUGGGUGUGAAUUCUUUUUUCAACUGCCUAGCAGCUUUGUUGGCACCCGUCGUGGUGAAUAUUUUCGUUCGCAAUGACACUUGGGAUGAAUGGUGGUAUGUGUGGAUAGUGCAUGGUAUCGUAAUGACGCUUUGCAACAUCUACUUCAUGUUCUUCGGUAAAGGGGAACCAGCUGAAUGGACAAAACCAGGCUACGGGGCUAGAGUGGCUCCAUCAGCACCGGCAUUGUCUGUGACACCUGAAUCCUACCCUAAAGAUGGACAACUUACUUUAAGCUUCAAUGACAAGAUCUCCGUCUCCGUUCAAACAACUGAUCCUCUACGAUGUGAUACAUGCCUUGGCCAUGGCGGUGGCAGUUCACCAUCGCCCACUACCAGUGAUCACAACGCAGACACGUCGCCAAUUCUACCACCAAAAGGGUGGAGUCCACCAUCGGCUAAGGAGGCUUUCGACUCCCUAGAGGACUACCUCGACUCUGAUCCUGCUCGACCCAGCAGAUCCAGGCAGAAAAUUGUCCUCCCUCCUAGUCCCCAGAAAUGA